AUGGCCCCUAUAAAUUCCAUGCUCGAGCCCCGGCAGUCAAGCGGCGAGAGCUGCCCAAGCACAAUCUCCGGCGGUGGAAUUGCGGGUAUCGUUAUCGGCUCCAUCGCAGGGACCCUCCUCAUCCUCUGGCUGUGGCGAAUAUUCCGACUCCCCGCUGCAUGGAGCGGUGGCGAUACGCCUGACGUCGGCUACCGGCCUCCAAUUACUCGCAGCAGCACGAGUAGCCGCGGAAAGCGACAGCGCCGUCGGCCGUCUGCGACGUACGUCGACUAUGUUGAGAAGCCGACUACGGUACGCAGUUCGCGCCGGUAUAGGGAUCAUGAUGAUUUGCGACGGCCGGCUAAGGUUUAUCUGACGGAGCCAUGA